AUGCCCAAGGUCUUCUCAAGAGCAGUAACAUCUUCUUCUGAGCAAGCUGGUCAAACUCAAUCUGCAAGAGCUGUAUUGCGUUCUUACUAUUGUUUAUGUGGUGAUUUCGUCUUGGUCCUUCAAGGGAAGCUGGAGAGAUUACCGAGGAGAAAGACGGAUGGAUCAUACAUCAUCAGAUCGCAAAUAGGCAAAGAUCCGGUACAACAACCAGCUAGGAAAUUCAAAUUGAAUGCUACUCCAGGUCAAAGAUGUCUGAUAAAACGGAAAGGAACACAGGAUUUGGAGAUUAGACAACCGUUUUCAUGCUCGAGAUGUAACACAACGAUUGCUUAUCAAACAGCACCUCCUCCGGCCGGUGAUGGACCCUUCCUUUACAUAUUGAAAGGAUCAAUGACAGAACUGCAGGGAAGAAUACCACCAGACGCAUUCGAAGGUGAAGAAUCUUUACCUGAUGAUCUGGAUAGAGGGAAAAUACCGCAAUGA